AUGCGUUCACCCAACGUCCUGGCCGUGUGCCUCUUUGGAUUGGUCUCCGCUGCACCUGCUCCUCAAGAGAUCAACACCGCCCUCGCCUAUGCCCUGCCCGACCCGACCUUCACGGUCAACUCCGCGGUCACAGCACAAGUCGUCACCUACGACCGUGAUGCCAUCUUCGCCGCUGGUAUCAAGCAACUCACUGGCCUGGGUGCCAUCAUCCCUGCGACACGUGUAGCGGCUCUGCCCCUCGUGACCGCUCUACCGGCCAUUGUCAAGAAGGCCGUGACGACCUGUACGUCUUUGCCGGUCGGCUACGGACCAACUCCUACCCCGGACACCCCGAGUGCUUUCCUAGCUCUCCCGGACUUCGGCAAGGCCGCUCUUGCCGCCAAGACCCCCUCGGGAUACUUCCAGUCCUUCCAGAACCUCAAUGCCUCGAACAAUGCUUAUGGCUACCUCGGCUAUACCACCCUGACUACUUAUGAUGUCAACAAGUGCGCGGCCAAAUGUACUGCUCUUACAGGUUGCGCAUCUUUCAACGUAUAUUGGGAACGAAGCCCGUCUGUCGAGCCGGGCAACGAUUGUCCGAAUCCUCCGAGUACGACGUUGAUCAAGUGUGCAUUCUGGGGUGGUCCGGUCACUUCCGGUAAUGCUGUCAACAACGGCCAAUGGCGCAAGAACUUCCUGGUUGUCAUUGCCGGUUCGAAUGGCUACGUAAGCACAGCCAUCCCGACCAUUCCCGGGUACACCGACCCUGUUGCCUUGGGUAAUGCCGCAAUCAACGCUCCUUUCGACAAAUUUGGCGCCGAUACUUUCCUUGGCUCGCUCGUCUUCACCAGUGGUCCUUUCGAUGCUACUCUCUGCGCGAGAGCUUGCUCCCAACAAGGAUUCUGCCAGUUCUUCAACACUUAUCUCCUGUACAUCAACAGCACUGCCAACCCAGCCCAGAACCAGGGACAGUACUGCGCGCUCUAUUCGGAGACCUGGACUGGAAAGUAUGCGACUAACACGGGCACUGUCAACGGUGGCGAUCGGUUCAUGAUCCAAUACAGCUUUGCCUACAGCAAUUCG